AUGCGCCGUGCACGCCUCGCCCUCUCGCUCGCGGCCGCCCUCGCGACAUCCGUGACAGCCAUCCCCACACCUUAUAAUUACGAGCAGGCUCCUCUGGCUGCAGUCGAGUCACCCGGUUUCGUCUUUGGACAUCCGGGGCAGCGCGUCAACGUCUCGCUCUAUGUCAUGUCUAGGUGUCCUGAUGCUCGCAUGUGUGAGAGCGUCUUUGAGGACGUUCUCAAGCACGAAGGCAUCCUGGACCAGGUGGAUCUCAAGCUCGAGUUCCUUGGAGACAUCGAUCGCCAUGCAGCUUACGGUGUGGACUGCAUGCACGGAGACGUCGAGUGUGCGGGCGAUGCCCACCAGCUGUGCCUGGCCGCACACACCCCUCUGGAGCAGUUCUAUGCCGCCCUCUCGUGCAUGAACUAUGGCAACUUUCCAGGCGCGAUCGGCACGAUUGCCCUCACUCGUCGAUGCGCCGAGACUUCGGGUAUCGACUGGUGGGCGUCGGGCGUCGGCAAGUGUGUAGAGGGCAAGCGGGCGGCCAUGGUGGGCAGGUACACCCAGCGCCUCGCUGCUCUCACAGGAGAGGGUUACGAGCCCCGUCCGAAAGAGUGGGACACCGAGGACGAGGACGCACCCCUGGAGCAUCUUGGCAAGGAGGCGCGCCUCCGCCUGGCCGACAGUGUCCGCCACACGAAAAAAGUCGGCGUGACAAAGAGCUGUACCAUUGAGAUUGCGUCCACUCUCAAGCACGACAAGACACGCCGAUGUGUCGUGGACGGUGGCGUCUGGAAAGGCUGUGAUGACGGCCACACCGCAGCCGACUUUGUGAGGGUCAUCAGCAAGGAGUGGAAGGCCCUCAACCCAACUUAG